AAUCGGAUGUGCCGGCAGAGCUGCGAGUUGCAAACGGGUCACAAAAUUUCGUGAAUUUUACUUCAACCAUCCAAAACCAGCUGCUGCUUGUGUCACUGCUGGAGCAUCUCUGCCACAUGUACACACACAACCCCGUUCGUUCGAGGUGUUUGUUCCGAAUACUUCGUCAGGCUUUCACGAGAACAGGGUUGCUCUCCCCUUUUGCCUUCUGUGAUGAAUUUAGUACCAUAAGACUGCAGCAUAAUAGAGCCAUUACUGAAUUAAUGAAAGCAGCUAAUCGACAAAUAGUUAACGGGGAACUUGAUAAUGGAGAUUCAUAUGCAAUUGGGGAAAAAGAAGUUCUCUUUGAAGCACAGACUUCACGAUACUUGAAUGAAUUUGAUGAGAUUGCAAGGCUAGGAAAAGGAGGAUAUGGUAAAGUAUACAAGGUCAGAAAUAAGUUAGAUGGUCAGUUCUAUGCUAUUAAAAAAAUUAACAUUAAGAAGGCUACAAGAAGAGAUUGCAUGAAGGUGCUACGAGAAGUUAAAGUGCUAGCUGGGCUGCAGCAUCCUAAUAUUGUAGGCUAUCACACUGCUUGGAUGGAACAAGUUCAAACAGUGCACCCCAAAGGAAAGACAAUAAUGGAGUUGCAGCCAUUAUCUUUGCAGCAAGAGAGUAGCAAUGAUCACUGUCACGUUCAAAGUGUGGAAAGUGGUAGUUCAAUUAUCUUUGCUGACCUUACUUCACAAGAAAAGUCCUGUGACAGCACCAGUCCUAAAAACCAGGGUGGUGGAUCAGUGCAGAAUAUGGAUGUAAGGAGUGAUUUUACAAACAGCAGUAGUAAAGAGUGUACGAAACCAAAUAAAUGUGAAUUAUCCAUAGAAUUACAAGACAAAUUUUUAAGUAGUGUUAGCAGUAGAUCAACUGACGUGAAAGACCAUUCAGAGUGGGGACCUCAUUCUAGUCUGGAUCAAGAAGAUAGCACUGGAAGUAAGUCCUGCACAGAAGAAUGUUCCAAUAAGGAUGUAGCUCUCUGUGGAGAGUUUGAGGUGCACUAUUGUUUGAUGCUUCAUAUACAAAUGCAACUGUGUGAAAUAUCCUUGUGGGAUUGGAUUGUUGACCGUAAUAAAAGAUGCAGCGAGAGAGCAGAAGAAAUUUCCCGUCCAUACCAUCUGGUGGAUGUCUGCUGGACAAUGAAAAUUUUUCAAGAGUUAUUAGAAGGAGUAUGCUAUAUCCACAGUGUGGGAGUGAUGCAUCGAGAUAUUAAACCCAGAAAUAUCUUUCUACAUGGAUCAGAUCAUCAUGUAAAAAUAGGAGACUUUGGAUUAGCCUGCAAAGAUCUUCUUUGGGAUGAUGCAGACCAGCACUUUAAGACAGAAGGGAUAAAUGGACUGACACAUACUAUGGGAGUUGGGACUUGCCUCUAUGCCUCACCAGAACAGCUACAGGGAUCUCACUAUGAUUUCAAGUCAGACAUGUACAGCCUGGGUGUUAUCCUGCUCGAACUCUUCCAGCCGUUUGGAACAGAAAUGGAAAGAACAAAAGUUCUUACACAUUUAAGGAAUGGUGAAAUUCCUCAUACUUUCUACAAAACAUGGCCUAUUCAAGCCAAGUACGUUAAACUCCUCACCAGUCAGAAAUCUACAGAGAGACCAACUGCUGCUCAGCUUCGUGAAAGUGAACUGUUUCAUAGCACAGAACAUGUUAUUUCUAACCUACAGCAGAAGGUGAGACUGCAAGAGGAAGAAAUAGAGAAACUGAGGGAGAGAAUAAGACUGCUUUCUGAAGAACAAGAUGAAUAUAAGAGUCAAGGUUCUCCUGUUUAAGUACGAGAAGAACUAACCUCUAUUGUAUGCUAAGUUAUAUAAAAUGUGGGGGGGUUUUACAUAAAAAUAUUUAAAUGCAUUUUGA